GCAUGGUGGGGGAAGGUGAAUCCUUCUCAGGCUGAUAACCAGUAGUGGGAUUCAAAUAAGCACCAUUUUAACAACCGGUUCUGCGAACCUGCACCACUGCUGAUAACACAGGAGUGCUUCACCCGGGCAAGAAGCCCACUACAGCUAAUAAGUGCUGUGCGAAAUCAAGCUGCUAAAGUACAAUCGAGAGGGACGGGGAGACAGACGAAGAACGCGACAAGGAGGGUUAACUGCAUGGAGCAAGACCGGUGGCCGGAGUUGGCCGAGUGCGUUGGUGCUCCGUCCGGCCACUCGGCGCGCGGCAUUCGAAUAGCAAACAGAUCGGGAGCCGCGUGCUUGGCCGCUGAGGAAGGCGAGACGGGGCGGUCGGUUGGCCCUGCGCGGGGCGAGGGUGCGCUCAGAGGGGCCGAGAGGAAACAGGGCCGCGGUGUGUGUGUUUGGGGGCUUCUGUACUCUGAGCGGCAUUUCCCGGAGGACGCGGCCGAGGAGAAUUCCCGCCUGCUGCUCCUUCAGCCCACUGUUUAGCUCGAUGUAGCAUCGACUAUGUCGACUAUCCCCCCCCAAUCCACCGCCUCCAAGCCGGUGAGGGCGUCCGAGAACUUCCGCGCGAUUGAUUAUGUCGUCUUCGCGGCUAUGCUGAUCAUCUCCGCGUUCAUCGGCAUGUAUUACGCCUACAAGGGAGUCCACAAAUGUCACAAGGACUACCUGAUAGCAGGCCGCAAGCUCUCUGGUCCGCCGGUGGCGCUCUCCCUGACGGCCAGCUUCAUGUCGGCGGUGACGGUGCUGGGCACUCCGGCCGAGGUCUACCGCUUCGGGGCCAUGUUCGGGGUCUUCGCUAUCUCCUACGUCCUGAUGGUGGUUAUCACCGCUGAAGUCUUCCUGCCCAUCUACUACCGGCUGGAGAUCACCAGCGCCUACGAGUAUUUGGAGCUUCGCUAUAAUAGAUACCUGCGUCUUACUGGAACAACAAUGUUUAUGAUACUAACAAUACUAUAUACUGGAAUUGUUAUAUAUUCUCCAUCCCUGGCUCUAAAUCAAGUUACAGGAUUUCAGUUGUGGGGAUCUGUUAUUGCCACAGGAGUAGUCUGUACUUUCUAUUGUACACUGGGUGGCCUAAAGGCAGUAGUCUGGACAGAUGUUUUCCAGUUUACACUGAUGAUAUCAGGAUUCCUAACAGUGAUUAUACGAACGAUGAUUAUUAAAGGAGGAAUCGGUAAUGUUCUAAAAGAUGCUCGCCAAGGAGGUAGACUGAGGAUCUGGGACUUUAACCCAAGUCCUAUGCAAAGACAUACAUUCUGGACACUCAUUGUUGGUGGCACUUUCACUUGGCUUGGCAUCUAUGGAGUUAAUCAAUCUCAAGUUCAACGAUAUCUUGCUUGCAAAACACGAUUUCAUGCAAAACUUGCUCUGUAUUUAAACCUUGUGGGUCUCUGGAUAGUUCUCUCUUCUGCAGUGAUGAGUGGACUCUCAAUGUACUCUGUAUACAAGGACUGCGACCCAUUGACUUUAGGGCUUGUGAAGGCACCGGAUCAGCUCAUGCCUUUUUUGGUAUUGGACAUUUUGGGAGAUUUCCCAGGUAUUCCAGGACUCUUUGUGGCUGCAACCUACAGUGGGACAUUAAGUACAGUGUCUUCCAGUAUCAAUGCAUUAGCUGCCGUAACUGUGGAGGACCUUGUCAAACCUUAUUUUGGAACACUGACUGAAGCCCAGUUGGCAUGGAUUUCCAUGGGAAUGAAUAUUCUGUUUGGUGGAGUAUGCCUAGGGAUGGCUGGACUAGCAUCUCUUAUGGGUGGCCUGUUGCAGGCUGCACUCAGCAUUUUUGGAAUAGUAGGUGGACCUCUCUUCGGAAUAUUUUCUUUGGGUAUUCUUUUUCCUUUCGGGAAUGCUAAAGGUGCAUUUUCAGGUCUUAUUAGUGGCUUUAUUGUAGGCAUGUGGGUUGGAACUGGUUCCCACUUUCACCGCCCACCUCCUCACAGAACUUUGCCGUUACCCCUUUCAACUGCAGGGUGUGAAAAAUUCAAUUUGACGACAGCUGCACCAUUCACUACUCUUUCAACAGGUCCAACUCCUACAAGAUCUCACAUUCAUGAUAAUUGGUACUCGGUGUCCUACUUAUACUUCAGCACAUUGGCAACACUGUUCACAGUUAUUGUGGGAGUAAUUGUGAGCUUAUCAACAGGAGGAUUAAAGCAAGAGGUGGACCGUAGACUUUUAUUUGGCAAAGAGGAGUUAAUGUCCAACUAUAUGUACUUGAAAGCUAAGUUUGGAACACCAGCUGAAAAAAUUCAUCCAACAGAGGAGGAAAAUCCUGAGUAAGGUUGUUUGGUCCAGCAAUCUAGAUUCACUGCUACGUGAGGCAUUCCACUGCGCAAGAUGUCUUUGAAGAGCAGGACACUCCUAGAAACAUUUCUAAAAGAGCUGCACUGAAUGCUGCCAAACAUAAUACUGAGAAACGUUUGUGCAUUUUAACCAAAUAAGGGAAAUCUUUUUUUUAAUAAUUUUGAAAAAGUUGGUUUGAUAAAUAGAUGUAGAUUGGAGAAAAUUACUCCAUUUUAGUAAUGCAUAAAUGAGAACCUACCAAAAACCCACAAAAUAAUUUUAAAAUUUUGGGCAUCUUUCUGGUUGAUUGAGGAAUAUAAAAUAUGGUUUUCUUUGAAUGUUUGGCACAUCUGAAUAGAAGAACCUUUAUGCUGUGAAUGCUUUACAAAUUGUAAAUUUUACAUUUUUACCCUGGAUAUUGCAAUGAAUAUUAAGAACCAAAAUAAAUCUGUUCAAAUUGUU